AAUCCAACACAAAAUGCUCCGACUCUCAAUCCUUAUUUCCUAGCCUUACUCCCCAUUGGCCUUUUCACUUUCUCCAAAGCUGAUAGUUACUCCCAGCAUUAUGCCUAUGCACAAUCGGUUUCUCAGCCGUGUAUGCCGACACCUGGGGCUUACUCUCUCCCAUACUAUUACAAUUGUAUGCCAACUGUACAGGUUCCGCCAGCUGAUACUUCUUGCACCAUAAAUUCCGUUCCGACCGCCCAACCAGAGCCCACUCCCACUGAAACAACUAUUCGCAAAGGAAAAGGGCUAGUUAUCAAAGAUCCAGCCACCAAUCAAACGGUUGACAUCACAGCGCCUAUUAAUAACGUUCAAAAAGAUGUGCAACAGGGAAACAAGCCACUGGGAACCAAGCCACUAGUAUUUAAGGAUCCUCCGGCCCGUGCUACUAAGGACAGACAUGAGCCAACACACGAAGAGCAUCUUGUUCGUGAAUCUGUUGAACGCUCGCCUGUUCCCGAGGAGGAACUAAAAGUAACCCCACCAGAAUCACCGAUCCAAGAAGAUCCCAAGGAACCAGAUGCAGAGUUACCGGCAGAUGAAUCUGAAAGCAGUGCCUCUGUAAAGGAGGAAGAUAAAGAAGAAGAUGAUGAAGAAGUAGAAGAGGGAGAAGUUUCUACUGCUCAGGACUCGGACGAAGAGCCAAAUGACUCUAGUACAAAUUCAGAUGUUUCGGAUGUGGCCGAAAAGACUCGCAGAUAUGACCGUAAUGAACUUAUUGCACUGCGCACAGGAAGCGAGGCAACCGCUCCCAAUUUCUUGACUUCAUCGGCCGUUUCUAUAAAUCAUGCUGAGCGGAGUUCGACUUGCUAUAGGAGAGAAAAACAGCGGAGAUGUAUUACGCUAAAAACCAACAUUAAAUUGGAUGAUGUUGAGAAUGCCUAUAAACCGGCUCAUUUACGUGAACCAGAUUCGUCGGCAGAGAACCGAACAGCAAAGGUGUCGAAAGACUUGAAUAUAAUUCUGAAUCGGUUACUGGACGACAAUAUAUCCGACAUAGUCCUGGAAAUAAGAAAAUUGUCUAUAUCGGGUCGCGAAGAAGUCAGCGCACUAGUUGAUGUCCUGACGGCAAAGGCCACUAGGCAAGCCAAAUACAGCGAGGUGUUUGCGCGGCUAUGCUCCGAACUAUCGCGCACUUACCUUUCGGAACUCAAUACAAAAAUCGACGCCAAAAUAGCGGAAACAACGGAUGAGAAAGUCAAAAAAAUGCUAGAGGAAGACCGAGAAACUGCUAUUUCGAAGAAACGCGAUGCCUAUCUUGGCAUUAUACAGUUUUUUAGUCACCUCUUCGUGCACAAAAUUAUUACGGACAAGAGUGCUGCUGAGUCUUUGAAGUCGUUUGCGAAACCUACGAACCAGGACGAAGUUCUUGCGCUCUUAACUUGUUUGAACACUUGUGGACAGGGAAAGAAUCGCUUUCACGGCAUCGACGUGUUUAAUUCCGAGAUUAACAGUGAAUCAGAAAGCGGGAAAGAGUCAAGAGCCCCAAGUAGUUCUACGAAGAGGCGUGUACCACUUUCUAAAAAUCAAGCCGUCAAGGUUGACGAGAAGAUGUCUGCCGACGACGCCAUUACAGAAGCCUGUGACGCAUUUAGAGGGUCUGAUUCUCCAUCUGAUCCAAUUUUUACAUUGACGAUGCCACGUCGAAUUGCUCAAGGUAUCAAGACAUUGAAGUGUAUAACCGCUAGUCAGGCGUAUGUGAAGUGUCUAGAACACAGCGAAGGGUUCUCCGAAUUACUUGAUGCUUGCGACGAGGACUUCGUAAUGGACUGCCCAAAAGCAGACACCUAUAUAGCAGAAUUCCUCACAGCUUUAUUAAACGAAUCUUCCAAGGACGUCAAUAUAAUUGUUGCCAUUCUGUCGGAAUUGCCAGACGAUCGGAAAUGUGAAAUAUUGGCAACCUGCCUUAGUUUGGCGUCAAAACAGCUUGGAGAAGGAACAAUUUCCACAUUGUUUUCACAUUCUCAAGUCCCCUGGCCGGAUUUUUCGCCAACACGUUUUGGCAGCAUUGCCUUUUUGCAGAAUGCCAAGUGUUCCGCUGGAACUGAAGCUCGUACCCAAGAGUCCAAAGGAGACGUCCCACUUAAAAAAAUCGAAGACGUUAUAAAGAAUCGUGAUUUCGAGGACCUGCGGACUAUUUUUGAGGAAUUGGCGUCCUCAUCGAAUACCGAAGAUCUGUGGCAAGUUGUCAAAAGCACCAUGGAUAGCCUUAAAACCAACGAAACAUUUCGUCAAUUUCUGCAGUCUCUUCUGCAGUACAAGGUUAUUAGUAACGAUGGCCUAAAUUCCUGCUUCACCAAGUCGCGGCCGGAGUACAAAGAAAUUGUCAAGAAAAUUCACAGGAAAGGCCGAUGA